CGACAAAAGGGAUGCGACCGUGGGAUCCAAGUCCACCGCAUCAUCAUCAUCAUCAUCAUGGCCGCCACACAUCUCUCCCCUCCCCACAAUGAGCGCCUGCCGCCUCCCAAGGACAAGGUACUGCUGUUCAUUCUCGCCCUCACCCACCACUCCGCGCAUCCCCCCCUCGUCUCCCUCCUCGCCGGCGGCAUGGCCGGGGGCGUCGAGGCCGCCACCACCUACCCCUUCGAGUUCGCCAAAACCCGCCUGCAGCUGGGCGACCGCGCCGCCCCCCGGAACCCCGUCCACCUCCUCCGCCAGGUCGUCGCCACCGACGGUCUCGGGGCCCUCUAUACGGGAUGUUCGAGUCUGGUCGUGGGGACCAUGCUGAAGGCCGGGGUGCGCUUCCUCUGCUUCGACGCCAUCAAGAACCGCCUGGUGGAUGACGCGGGGCGGCUGUCCCCGGCCCACGGCAUCCUGGCGGGCAUGGUGGCCGGUGGGUUCGAGAGUGUGCUGGCAGUGACCCCGACCGAGCGGAUCAAGACGGCCUUAAUCGACGACGCCAAGGGCCCCCGCAAAGCCCGCGGCGCCCUGCACGGGACCUACAUGCUGGUCUCGCAGCAGGGCCUGCGCGGCCUGUAUCGCGGCCUCAUCCCCACCACCGUCAAGCAGUCCGCCACCUCCGCCGUGCGCAUGGGGUCCUACAACUGGCUGAAGGAGACGGGCAAGGACUACGCCAUCCCGGUCAACGGGGUCACCACCUUCCUGAUGGGCUCGCUGGCGGGCACCAUCACCGUGUACGCCACGCAGCCCUUCGACACGGUUAAGACGCGGGUGCAGGGGAUGGGUCAGCCGGGCAUGUCGCAGGCGAUGGCCGAGCUGCUGCGCGAGGAAGGCGUGCGCGGCUUCUGGCGCGGCAGCACCAUGCGCCUGGGCCGGCUGGUGCUGAGCGGCGGCAUCGUCUUCGCGGCCUACGAGCAGUUUGCGGCGGUGCUGGCGCCGGUGCUGUCUUCGCGGUCGUUGUCCUGA